CAGAAGGCAGAGCAGCAUCGGCUGACCAGUGUGUGCGGUUCUCUCCUAGUAUUCAUGGGAAAAAGGCUUGUGGGAAGUACUAUUACUAGCGGUGAAAGUUCUCUCUGUCGGUGCAUGAUUUUACUUUUACAGUAAACUGAACAUUUGCAAAUGGACGCGAUUUUAAACUGCAGACCAGGAGAUCUAGAAGAUUAUUAUGCUUUGUUGGGAUGCGAUGAACUGUCAUCGUCUGAACAGAUCCUCACAGAGUUCAAAUCUAGAGCUCUUGACUGCCAUCCUGAUAAACAUCCCGAUAACCCAAAAGCAGUGGAAGAGUUUCAAAAGCUGCAGCAGGCGAAAGAGAUCCUGAAGAAUGAAGACAGCCGUGCCCGCUAUGACUACUGGAGACGAAGCAGAAUCGCCAUCCCCUUCCGUGACUGGGAGGCUCUGAGUGACACGGUCAAGGCAUCUAUGCACUGGGCAGUGAGGAGUAAGAAGGAGCCCAUGCUGGAGGCUCCAGGAAUCAAAGACAGCCCGAGCCCUGGGAAGCCACCUGACUGGCAUGGAGAGCAGGACUGCAGCCACUCAACCAGCAAAAUGGAGCAGGUGGGGCUGUCUGGGGGCAAGACAAGUGAGACGACACCGGAGGAUGAAGAACCACAAUCUCCAAAAACUCCACCUACUCCCAAUGAGAACUACUGGCACUUGCGUUUCCGUUGGUCAGCUGACACACCGUCUGAACUUCUGAGGAAAUUCAGAAACUACGAAAUCUAAAACAAGCCCCAGCUUUCCAGUGUUGUCUAGUGUGCAUCAAGCUCAUUGUUCUGUAUCUGUGAAAAAGGUGUUACAUUAUUCUUGUAUUUUAUGCAACUUUUUCUUUUGUUAUUGCUGUUUCACAGUCAAGUGGACUUCAAUCCAUGUUUGUAAGCAGUGUUAGUGUGUGGAAAGAAAAGGAUGGCUAGAUCAUGCAUAAUAGCAAAUAAAUUAUAGUCAGUUCAUACCAGAACAUAUUCAAAUAAAUUAUAGCCAGUUCAUACCAGGAAAAGUAUUCAAAUUAUUUUCUAGACAGGAUAUUUGGUAUUGUAGAUAUUGUACUGUACUUGGCAUUUCAUUUAAAAAAGAUUUUAUAUAUUUUUAUAUAUAUAAUAUAUAUAUAUAUAUAUAUAUAUGAGCAUAAUGGAGCACAGGAUCCUGAAAAUGCAUAGAAUCAUUAUCAAACUGUUUUAAUAAAAAAAAAAAAAAAUUGUCACCAACUUAGAAAGUGCUUCAAUUUAGACCACUUUAAUGCUAAUUGAAAGUCUACCUUAAAUGCUUUUUCAGCAUGAUCUUUUGCUCUUAAACUUUUCUCUCUCCAGAAAAUGUUACUCUCCUCACCUUAAAUUUCAUGCAUGAACUGUUAUUUGUCAGAUAAGUACAGCACAGGGAUGCAUGUAUUUUAUCUUAAUCAUCAUUUCUUAGAGGUAGGAGAGAAGAAUUGUAUAUGGCAUUUCCAUUUUACAAGUAGAAAUGAGGCUGCUUAGACUAUUUAAGAGGCACGGCAAUUGGGAAAUGCAAAUGUGUUGCUUUUUUUUAUUUUCUGAUAAUUAAAAAAGGCUUUGACGUAUUGACGAGCAAAGAAAGCCUGCUGAAAUGAGUCCUAGCGAUGGAAGCAGGUGCAGAUUACUCAUCAUCACACAGAACCUUUCAUUUCCUGAAACAGGCUGGCCUAUCAAUACGAAGCUGAUGUUGCCUAUGAUAACUGAUGUCACUAUGAUCUAGAGCACAGAUUUCAGAAUGCUAUAUUUGUUGCUGUACACAGAGCUGCAGUAUUAUUGCUUUUCAUAUCUUUGAUCCAAAAGGAUGUGCCAGGCUCUACUAUAUACCCUCACUGUUUUAUUAAUGUUUCUUUAUCUUUCCAGCUGCUAUGUAGAGUUUCUUUUGGUGCACAUUCUCUUUGUCAAAAUAAGCUGUUUGUAUGGGGUGCUGGCAUGCUGUAUUAACUUUAAGUAUUAAAAAUUAUUUAAUUAGA